CAUUCUCCUUAUGAGUUCAAAUCUGACAGUUGAAUUGUAUAAAAUUAAAUAACAGUCAAUGCAGAUGGAGAUUUAACUUUCUAAUCUAGAGUUCAUAAGGUGAAUUAAGGUUAAACCAAGGGGCUAAAAAAAAAAAUUCUUCUUCGACUGUGAUAUUUUGUGAUUUUCUUUUCUUUUUGGGAUCUUGUACCUGUGCAUACAAAGGGCAUGUUACUUUGUCAAGGAAAUUUAGAUUACCAGUUGAAAGUUUUACCUGUAUUGAGAAAGAUUAAAUUAGGUCAGAGCUAUUAAUUGAAGUUCUCUAACCGUAGGCAUACUAAUCAAGUCACUGGUUUUUGACUUUAGACCGAAAGUAUAUAGUGUAUCUAACCACAGUUGAAGUGUUAGUUCAACCAAAGGAGGGAGCAGGAUUCAAACGGUGUUAAAACUACAUGUUUUAAAAACUUUGGACUAAUGUGUACUGCCAAAAUGGAUGUUUUCAUCGGUUUAAAAAUGAUGUUGUGAAAAUGGAUCAAGGCGUAGCUUGUAUGCAUGAAAUAUGUUGACAUAAAACUUGAAUAGCUCUUACUAUAGUGGGCACCAUGGAUUAAUGAGCAUCAUCGGACCAAUUUUGUGGACAUUCCCGAGGAAAGGAAGAUUAUGCGAAUGUGUAAGACCUCCCUACUGUCUAAAUAUUAUGUGAAUGGUAAUACUGAGCAAACUUCCAGGGUCUAGAUGAAGUAGAAGCAUUUUAAGGGUCAUUGAAGCAAGUUAAAUUGUGCUAAAUGUUUUCUUUUGAGAUCAUUAUAGAUGGUUGGUUAGGUCAAGGUAGGAAUUUAAGAGACUGUCAUGGUUUACCUGCUCAUACCUAGGUGCUACUGUCUGACAAUCUGCUUUUAUGUGGAGUGAAUCUGUGGAAAGCUGGAACUUUAAUCAUGGUGAGAAACCUAAAAUGUGUCACUUUUUCGUGGAGAUGGUGUUUUUGUUCAGCACAAAAUUAAUGACUUGCCAUCUUACUCCAACGUGUGUAGAUUUAAAGAAGUUAAUCUGUGUCUUUGUGUGACAAUGAAAAAGUGACACUGCUGAGGUUUCUGAUUGACUUUGUAAAGCUGUGCUGGGCCAUUUUAAGCAGAGAGAAGGAAAUAUUUGUAAUGUGGUUUUAAAGUGAUAUUGCUGAUGCAACACAUGUGUAUAGGACUGACUUUUACCUGUGCAGGUAACAUUAGAGGACAGGUAAAGCGACACCAGCAUCAGGUGGAAUGGGAUGUUAAGAUUGAAAGGAGGACCUGUACUCUUCUAUGACAAACUUGUGAGAUCAAAUUAACAUAUUAAAUGGCGUGUGUGCGUUAGAUUCAUUUUGACAAUAGAAGUAUCAUUUUUCAUACUUUAUGUGCAAAGAAAAGAAUUCACAGGGAUGAUCUGCAUGCACAUGAAGAUACCUGUGUGAAAAAUAUAUUUGAAGACAAUAAUGAAAUGUGGCAUAUUUUCUACUUGACUUGAAGUUUGGACUAUCUGAAAGUUUGUCCAUUAUCAUGAAAUUGGACUGCUAUAAAUUAUUCAUGAGCCCAGUUCUUAAAUUGUGAAGUUGAGGGAAGUGCACACUCCUUGCUAGUACUUGACAAUUCUGAAUUGUAGCUGUGUCUACACGAGGUAGAUAGGAGGUGACCCUUGAGUUACAUGCAUGCUGAGGAGAGGACUAUAUUGUAAAGUUAUUUGACAGGUAUUAUAACCGAUUGAUAAUGUGUUGUAUCAUAGAACUUUAUCUGGACACUGAGUCAGUUAUCAUUGCAAUGACAUCUUGGAGCUAACGAAACAACAGAGGACAUCUUUUGGUUUUCCAUACCAUCGAGUUUGUGUAGUUACUCACAGAAUGUUUCAAGUUCUCAAUGACGUGUUUGAAGGAAGUCCAUGCAGAAUCCAAUGACAAGAUAGUCAAUGUCUGCCUAAUACAUCUGCAUCAUUUGAAAGUGUAUUGGAGAAACAACUGUAACUGAUCUAUAUUGAUCCUCAUUACCAGCUGUGAAUUUACCAGCAAGGACCCCUGACGUGGAGACUAGGAUUUCAGCCACAGUCCUAUCAAUAGAUAAAGUAUUGAUGAGAGGUAUUUUAUAGUGAAACAGGACCGGAUUGUGUAAUAAAACCCAUUACUGGAAUCAAUUUGUUCAAUGAUUGAUGAAGUAAAAAUCUAUAUAUGCUGAAUGCGAUUGUCUGAAAAGGCAGGAAAAAGUGUUUCCAUUUACAAGGGCCACUGUCCGUGGGAUGAAGCUGAGCACGGAGUAUCUGGAAUUCAUCUUGUUCUUUCAUGGAGGGGAUUGCUAAUGGUCCCAUUUCCUCAUUCUGUUGGAAUACACUGAAAUAGCCUUCAUUGCUGUGGUUAUUGACUCCCAAAUUCUUCAGAUUAUUUCAUGACCAGAACAUUGUUUUCUUUAAUGGACUCUGCAUACUGAUUUCUUGUCAUGAAUUAGCAUAUAAACUUACAUAAGCCAAAUGGUGUAAAUUUAUGGGUCAUUUGCAUAUAAUGCAUAAUCUCUGUGUAACAGUGGGUCUGUUUGCUGUGCAGUCAUGGAUUUAUCUGUAGUGGGAUUUAUCUAGAUUUCUCUGACAUUGAAUACAAUGACAAGGACAAGAUACUUCAUAUUAAUGGAAAUGUGUUUACAGAUGAAUUAAAAUAUCUCUGGACCAUUAAUUACACUCUACAUACAGUGAAGGAUGUUAUUGUGAUGGUGCACAAGCUGUCACAUUAAGGAUGUGAUUCAGUGGACAAUUUGAAGUGGAAAGCAUCUUGUAUUGUUAUCAUCGGGUCAGUCUUAUAUUGGAUAUCUAUACAGGAACAACAUGGAUUGGUCAAAUCCUAAGGUGCGAUUCCGAGACACCUCUCGAUUAGUGUUUCAGGAGUUACAGGAGAGACAUUUAGUGGGAAGGAAUUCCAUGAAAUUUUUUGAAUUUGAACUGCAACAUUCCAUCUCUGAAAGCGAGGACAAAAACAUUAAUAAUUCUGCUAGGAGCCUCACAGACAGUGCCCCCGUCAGUCCAGCUUUCCCCCCAUCGGUAGACAGAAGUGAACACAUCAUCCAGGAGACCCUCAAAGAACACAAGGCUCUGAAUAGGUCUAACACCUUACCAGUUCUACCACAGCCCCACCUGAAGUUGCGACGGAGCUUUAGUGUCACUGAUAAUUACUCUGAGGAGGAACCUAAUUUUUACAUUGAAAGUAGCGAUAAAAAUCAAACAAAAGUUAUUGAAAACUCUAAUGUGAAUCUGAAGAAUUCUCUUAGUCCUCGCCAUACUCGAAGCUUGUCAACCACUGCAGUACAGACCUCAUUUGAUGAAAACAGUAACCCAUUUGAAGAUACAGAAGUGUUCAGCAUUUACAGUAGUCGUGUAUCACAGGGAACUAACACUACAGACUCCUUAGAAAGGCCACGGAAACGAAACAAAAGUGUGGGAGAUGUGGAGAGCAAAAUUCCGGUCAAAAAGCCAACAGACUUUCCACAAAAACUAAUCAGAGGAAACAGGAUGGGUACAUUUCUCCAUGAUCAGUCUCCAGAAAUGCAGGUAUUGGUGGCAUCCACGAGUCCUGUUCUGUUUCGCAGAAAACCUUCUGCUAAGGGGAGAAACCGGCCCAGGUUGCCAGCCAAUGAGAUCUAUUGUAACAAUGCACAGAACAUGGUCAACAAUAUGGACACAAUUGAAAUGGAGAGAGAACUUCAAAGACAGGAGGAAAUGUUCUUAAAGAAGGAUAUGUCUCAAACAUGGCAUGGCUCAACUGGCAACAAGUGGAAGAAAUUAUAUGCCCCAGUUGUAGAGCAACUGACCAAUGGACACAUAGAUAAUGGUUACCAAACUCUACCCUCAAAAUCAUCACUUCUGGAUGAAAUGCACAAGAAAUAUUGUGCCUACCAGUACAAAAAUAAACAUUUGUCAAAUGCUACAAUGAAUGGAACACUCCCCCCCAAAUUCCAGUCAAGCCCCCCACCCCCUGACCGUAUGAAGUCGCGCUCAUGGCUUCUUCAGCAUUACACAAUUCCUAUUCCUGUGUCCUUGGCCUCCUCACCAGACAGUCCUGAUUUAAAAAGAAAAUUAGGGAAACCUCUUAAGAAAAACAAAACCAAUGGUAAUGAGGAUGUUAAGCAGGUGGCAAGUCCUAGUGAAGAGAGAGAUGUCAAAAAUACUAGCCAGGAACCCAAAAAACAGCUGGAUUUGAGGGAAAAUGUCCAGAUGAGAAGAAAAGUGCCUAUUAUGAAUGUUCAGAGGACAAAGUCAGAGGAGGAAAUAGAAGCAGUAGAGGCAUGUCGAUGGUUGAAGGAAGCUGGAUUUCCCCAGUAUGCUCAGAUGUACGAUGAAUGCCAGUUUCCAGUUGACAUUUCAAGUGUAGAAAAAGACCAUGAUUUCUUGGACAGGGACUCGAUGCAACCAUUGGUGAGACGGCUCAGUACUCUUAACAAAUGUGCUGUCAUGAGAAUAGGAACACCCUCAAAAAAACUGGGUGACGAAUCAGAUGAUGAAGAUCAGUGUGCACUCAGUGACAAAUGGAAGUAUCAACAUAACAUCCGUCGAUGGUCUCGCAAGGAUCUGAGCAGUCCAUCAUCUGAUGGGCAACCUAUGUCACCCACCGUCAAAUCCAGCUCUAGCAACGACAGUCUACUAACUGACCAGAACUCCAGCAGUGAGACAGGUGACAGUCCUAUCCUCGACUCCAAAAUGCAUCAUGAGAAAAGUGUGGCUAGUGAUGACUAUUUUGGGGUAAAAACUUUAGCUCCCCAAGAUCAUCUUAAUCCUUCCACUAGGGCCCUGAGUCCUAGACUCCGUAGGGCUGCAAGUGAAAGGAUCAAAGGAGCUAAAAAUUUCCUUAAAAGGAUGGAAAGUUUUAAAAGUCGGAAAACUCGACGAAUUCCUAGAAAUGGAAAUGUAGAAAUCAGUGGACCUGUGGUUAUGGACACAGAUGGAAUGCAGGCUAAAAUUAAGCAUCUGAACUGCAAAGAGUUAAGUCCAUCCAGUGAGGUUCCACCAUCAAUUCCAACUGAGGACAAAAUUGUUCCAACAGAACCUUGGUCAGACAGUGCUACAAAUUACAACAGUGACACCAGUGUCUCCCCACAGACUUCGGUCUCCCUUCAGGAGAUCAGCAAUCCCAGUAGUGCUUUGAAUUCUACCUUGAAGUCCUUACAGGACACCAGCCAGUCCUCCACAGAACUUCAUACCUCAAAGAAAAACUCCCCCUCCAUGCUUUCAGGGCAUACACAUCUUAGAAAACCUAACUUGGCAUGGAAAAAUAUAAGUGACUCUGAACUCUUUUCAUCAGAUACUUCUCCAUCAGUGUCUUUUAAGCUCCCAGAUGACCACAAACCAGGUACGUUUCCCAAAGUGUUGUCCACCGGGUACGUGCAGCCUGAGAGAGGUCAUGACAUCAACAGUAGGACUGGCAGUAUUAGUCUGGGUAGUGAAAGGAAAGAUGAGACUGUAAUUAGUGGUGCCUCUAUCAAAAGACGCGGAUCCGCUGGUCCUAGACUGGACUCCCACAGGGUCAGUGUGUACGACAAUGUGGAACCAGAAGAAGAUUUAGAGAGUGCCCAAGAAGAGCUGGACUUGAUUCUCAGCAAAGUGUUUGAGGACAUCAAUGUUCUGAACAGGGCCAUUUAUGGUGAAGAUGCAGAAAUAUUAGAGCCCCCUACCUCUUCUCACAAUUCAACAGUAAAUAAGUCUGAUGAUGAGAGCCAUCUUUCUCUGAAGAACUUAAGUGCUUUGGAGACAGAUGACAGUUUGAAUGGUAAUGAAGACCCGGAUGUAACAAGUCGAACCAACUCCUCACCGGAUACCAGUGAUCAUGACAUCACAACUGGCGAACUGUCACAUGACGAUUCUGCAGAAAACAUUGAAGGACGUGAGAGACGAGACUCGGGAGUAGGGUCUUCCCUUACUCGUGCUCCAAGUGACAGAAGAAGACAGAGAAUCCGUUGGCAUAGUUUCCAGAAAUCUCACAGACCGAGUGUGAGCGGGAGAAAUACUCACAUUAGUAGUCUGUCUGUGUGUCAACUCAUGGUGCUACAAAAACUUUCCUUGUGUCGUUUGACAGGCCUCAUAGAAAAAUACUCACCUAAUCGCUCAGGAUGGAACUGGAGCAUGCCAGGAUUCAUGAAACGACACAAGACCCCAAAUUACAAUGACCGCAAUGUGUUUGGUGUUCCCCUGCUUGUGACUUUACAAAGAACUGCACAACCCCUUCCUCAGUGUAUGCUUAGUGCUAUGCGAUAUCUCAGGAAAACAGCCAAAGAUGCUGUUGGAAUUUUCAGAAAAUCAGGUGUGAGGACCAGAAUUCAGAAACUUAAGAAUGAAGUUGAAGCUAACCCAGAGUCGGUGAACUUUCAAGAACUUCAGGCUUAUGAUGUGGCAGACUUGCUGAAGCAAUACUUUCGUGAAUUACCAGAGUGCUUGUUAACAAAUAAGCUCUCAGAAGUUUUCAUUAACAUCUUUAUAUAUUUGCCUAGUGAGCAGCGCCUUGAGGCCCUGCAGUCUGCCGUUGUCCUACUUCCUGAUGAGAACCGUGAAGUCUUGCAAUCUCUACUAUUCUUCCUAUUCGACAUUUCGACACAGGCUGAUGAACAUCAGAUGACAGCCAGUAAUUUGGCAGUGUGCUUUGCUCCAUCCUUGUUCAACAUGAGUGGGACAAAGAGCGUGACCCAAAGUCCGAGUCCACGAAGGCCGAGGAAGAAUUUAGGAGUACCAGAUGCAAGGGAACUUCAGGAACAGAAAGCAGCACACGAGUGUCUGACAGCUUUGAUCCAAGAGUGCAAGAAGCUUUUCAAUAUUCCUACAACAAUGAUGAGCAAAUGUAGAUUCUCAUACAUAGAACAAGGUGACCCAGUGUCUUUAGAGGAAUUUAACAAGCGCUCAUCAGAAGAUGACCAGCUGGGAUAUCACAAUUAUAUGGACACUGCCAUCCAAGGUCUGUUAAAGGAAUCCAGGGACAAGUUCAAGGGCUGGGUGUCUCUUUACUCUGUCCCUACCAAUGUGGACUUGUCCUACAAAAAGGUGACAGACGGUCAUCCACUCAGGUUGUGGAGAUGUUCCACUGAAGUGGAAGCACCACCCUAUGUGGCAUUGGAUCGGGUCAAAGAUGAGAGACAUAUUUGGGAUGAAGAUCUGAUUAAAUGGAGGUCAAUAGAAAAAUUGGAUUCCCAGACAGAAGUUUUCCAGUACACACAGAGUUCUAUGGCUCCUCAUCCUGCCAGGGACUUCUGUGUUCUCAGGUCUUGGAGAACGGACCUUCCAAAGGGAUCAUGUGCAUUGGUAUCCACAUCAAUUGAGCAUCCCCAGUCUGAGCUGAAUGGGGCCAUUCAGGGAGUGGUGCUUGCUUCCCACUUCCUUAUUGAGCCCUGUGGGUCCGGGAAAUCCAGAGUCACUCAUAUCAGCCGCAUAGAUAUGAGAGGGAGAACCCCGGAAUGGUACAAGAAAGUUUACAGUUACAACUGUGUGAAUCAAAUGGAGAGAAUUAGGGAUUCACUAAAACAAAGUACAGAUGGACCAGAGUCCACAGUAUGAGGAUUUACCACUGUUUCUGAUGAUCAUGGAUCUCCUAACACAGAGAAUCAGAGUCAGUGAAGAAUGUGUUAUUUUCCAGUAAAAACAUCACAAUCAGCAAAAGGAAGUGCCAUUAACUUUGAUGAAAUUGGAGUGUGACAGAGUUCUGCAAUAGAACAGACAGUAAACCACACUUUCUUGCAUCUGUGAUGUUCUGUACAGUGCCGACUCGAUAGAGAUAAUCAACUUCUGACUGAUGUGGUCAGUCUUUGUCUGCAAGGCUAACUACAUGACAAUCUAGUGCUUUUGUAGAACAUUCCUUACAAACUACAGAGGAGGGCAAAAUGUGUUCAUUUAUAGCAUUACUGUUGAACUGUGUAGAAGGGGACCUGUUAGUUCAUAGAUUAGCAUCUAAAAACAAGAUGGUGGGCAGUCCCCACUGUUGCCAUAGAGAAGGCAGCAUUUUGUCUGUUGGUAACCAUAGGAGCCAUGCUAGUCAUGUGACCUGAUAUUAUUCCAUGGGAGUAGAAAACUUGCAAUAUUACAUGUACUAAAUGCAUUUAUGUGUUGUUCUGUGCCAUGUUUUUAUUUGUACUCUGUUGUAGAUAUUUGUCCAGACUUUUAAGAAUGUAUCUGUAUAGAAGUCAUAGUUUUAAUGAUACAUGUAACUCUGAAUAAGCAUGUUGUCAUAUGUGAACAUUGAGUGUUGCAGAAGAUUUUUGGUUUGUAAUGGAGUGCAAGGAAAGAAGGAAAGAUUGUAGGCAUUAUCUUUCUUGCAAGCAUGACCUAGUGUGAAAGAGACAAACCUUGUAUCUGCUGCAGUGUUCUGCAUCCUGCUAUAAUAAUCAAACCAGGUCAUACCUCAUAUCAAUGCUCCUCCUUCCCCCCAAGUCAGGUCAAAAUGACCAUUCAUUAUACAUGGAGAUGGCCGUUUCAUGAUGCAUUUAAUGUGGUUGUGAUACAUUGUAAAGUUUGUGAAAUAUUCAUGAUUGAUAUUAUUCCCACAUAAAAACAACUCAUACGAUAAGUACAAUCUCAAAUAAAACCUUUACCUUGUAACUAAUUAAUAAAGAAAAGAAA